UCAAACUUUUAUCAGUGCUUAUCAAGCAAGAGAGAACAACAAUCGAGGGCGCUUGUGCUCUAUUAAAUUUAAAUUAAAUAUUACUUUACUUCGUAGUAUUCUCAAAUUGUUUAAAUUUAAAGAAAACUAUUUUUAUGUUACGCAAAUAUAUAUUGGGUUUUUCCACGAAUCAUAUAUGUACACAUACAUGUACAUAUGAAAGGAUGAGACAUACGAUACUAAAUAUAUAUACUAUAAGAUAAGUUGCAAUCUUUCAUUUGCUACAGUGAACGACGCAUUUCAGUGUUAACGACUCAAUAAAGAAGAGUCGAGACAAUUUCUUUCUGAAGCUAAAGUGAAAAAUUACGGAAGACAUCAGUCGAGAAAGCCGUGGUAUAAACUGUUGCCCUAAAAUGAUUAUCAAGGGUAACAAUGAAUUUAAGAAGAAUCCAUCUGAACUAAUUAAACAAGAUGAUAAAUCAGAUGAAUCUUCCAAACUAGUUAAGAUGGAUGUAAUAAAGGCAAAUGAUAAAGAAGUGAAGAUUGUUGAUGCAAAAACAAGUUCCCGUGUCAAAUAUACUUAUAUUGCCAUAAUGCUUGUUGCAAUUUUUUUAAGUGCUGUUAUAAUAAUUGCAAUACUACCUUAUUCUGUAUUUAGUAGCAAAGAAUCAAGGAUUUAUAUGGAUGAUAUUGUUAAUGACCUUGAAAAUUGGAGAUACAAAACGAUUGAAGAUCCAGAUGAUAUUAUCGAAGAAAGAGAGUACAUCUAUGAUGUAAUUAUUAUGCAAGAUGAUAAUAUAUAUGAAAAAAUAACAGUUAAUAAUGAACCAGAAAACUAUUUGCAAUGUAGGAAGAUUCCUAUAUCAUUACGAUUCGAUUGUCUUCCGGAAUUUGGAGCUACUGAAUCUGAUUGCACAAAAAGAGGUUGUUGCUGGAAUCCAGUAAAAUAUGAUCACGAAUUCUUAAAUGUUCCUUAUUGUUAUUAUCCUUAUGAUUGGAGUAUUUAUAAAUAUGAAAACUUUAGUCAGCAAGACAAUAGUUUUUCUGGAUUUCUUGCUUUAAAAGAAAAAUCCGCUUAUAAAAAAGACAUACCCCUUGUGAAAAUGGAAACAACAAUGAUUGAUAGUUCAAUACUACGUGUUAAGAUUUAUGAUCCUGUAAAUCAAAGAUAUGAGCCUCCAUGGCCAAUAAGAUCUGAUUUCCCAUCCUCGUAUUAUUGGCCUGAAAAACCAAAAUACAGAUUUGUCACAGAUGAUGAAAAAGUUGGAUUUAAAGUUGAUAGAGUUGCAGACAACACGACAUUGUUUGACUCCAUCGGUAUUGGUGGCUUUAUAUUUGCUGAUCAAUUCUUACAAAUAAGUGGCAUAUUACCUUCAGAAGACAUUUAUGGUAUUGGUGAACAUAGGACACAUUUAAAAGUAAAAAACGAUUGGAAACGCUAUACGAUGUUUAAUGCAGAUCAACCACCAAUAGAAAAUGCGAAUUUAUAUGGUUCUCAUCCAUUUUAUCUCAUGAUUGAAGAAUCAGGAAAUUGUCAUGGAGUAUUAUUUCUAAAUAGCAAUCCAAUGGAAACAAUAUUACAACCAACUCCUGCUGUAACUUUUAGAAGUAUAGGUGGUAUCUUUGAUAUGUACUUUUUAUUGGGACCAACUCCGCAAGAUGUGGCAAGACAAUAUUCUGAAAUUGUUGGUAAACCUUUCCUACCACCGUAUUGGUCAUUAGGUUUUCACUUAUGCCGAUAUGGAUAUGGUAGCUUGGAGAAAACUAUAAAAGUAUGGAACAGAACCAUAGAAGCUGGAAUACCAUUUGAUACACAAUGGAACGAUUUAGAUUACAUGGAUAAGAAUAAUGAUUUCACGUAUAAUAAAGAAACAUUUAAUGAAUUACCAAAAUUUGUUGAGCAGUUACAUAAUUUAGGAAUGCAUUAUAUUCCAUUGAUCGAUGCUGGUAUUGGUGCGUCAGAAAAAAGCGGAUCGUAUCGUCCAUAUGAUGAAGGUGUAAAAGAGGAAAUAUUCGUAAAGGAUGCUAUAUCCAAUGAACCAUUUAAAGGAAAAGUUUGGAACAAAGGAUCAACAGUGUGGCCUGAUUUCACUCAUCCGAAAGCAAAAGAUUAUUAUUUGAAUAUGAUGCAAGACUUGCAUAAUAGUUUCCAGUACGAUGGUGCAUGGAUUGAUAUGAAUGAACCAUCCAACUUUUACAAUGGUAAUAAAAAUGGCUGCAUUGACAACGAAUUAGAUUAUCCAGAAUAUACUCCAAUGAUUAUAGGAAAAAAGUUAGCUAUAAAAACAUUAUGCAUGAAUGCAAAACAUUAUUUAGGAUCACAUUAUAAUCUUCAUAAUACUUAUGGCAUUAGUCAUGCAAUAGCUACAAACUAUGCUCUUACUAAUAUCAGAAAAAAAAGACCAUUUGUAAUUUCACGUUCGACAUGGGUUGGCCAUGGGAUGUAUGCUGGUCAUUGGUCUGGGGACGUUUUUUCGACAUGGUACGAUUUACAAAUGAGUAUUCCUGAAAUACUUAACUUCAAUCUUUUUCAAAUACCGAUGAUAGGUGCUGAUAUUUGUGGAUUUAAUGGAAAUACAACUGCAGCAUUGUGCAAUCGGUGGAUGCAACUCGGUGCAUUUUAUCCUUUUGCAAGGAAUCACAACUCGGAUAGUACAAUAGAGCAAGAUCCAGUUGCCUUAGGUGAUUUAGUGGUGAAAUCAUCAAAAAGAGCAUUUACCAUACGUUACUGGCUCUUGCCAUAUUUGUACACACUAUUUUUCCGAGCACAUAAAUUUGGAGAAACUGUUGCUCGUCCAUUAUUUUUUGAAUUCAUUAACGACAAAGCAACAUACGAAAUUGAUACACAAUUUAUGUGGGGAAAAUCUUUGAUGAUCAACCCAGUUUUAGAGGAGGGUAAAACAAACGUGAUUGCUUAUAUACCACGUGGACUGUGGUACGAUUUAUAUACAAAGAAAUCAUUCUUCUCAAUCGGCCAGAAAUUUACAUUUGAUGCUCCAUUGGAUACUAUACCUUUGUUGAUUCGUGGUGGUUCAAUAUUACCAGCACAAAAACCAGGUGCCACGACUACGGAGAGUAGGAAGAAUAGUUUUGAAUUAUUAGUAGCCCUGGAUCAGCUGGGAUUUGCUAAAGGAGAAUUGUAUUGGGACGAUGGAGAUAGUUUGGAUUCCAUUGAGAAAAGAGAAUAUACGUGGCUGUCCUUCGUGGCUAACAAUCAAACUUUACAUUCUGUAUUUUUGCAAAAGGGUACGUUCAAAGAAAAAAUGAUUCUUGGGAGGAUCCAAAUUUUGGGAGUAAAAAAAUCAGUCUCUCGAGUGAUAUUGAAUAAGAAUGAGAUUACAUUUAAAUUCGAUCCAUUGAAAUCGUCUUUCAGUAUUACUGGAUUAUUAUUGGACAUGCAAGAAUCUUUUGAACUUACUUGGGAAUAGUGAGACAAUAAGAAAGAUAUUAUUCACAAAUGUCCUAAGAAAUAGUGAUAUAUUUGUCAUAUGUAAGUCUGAUUAUUUUCUAAAGUAUUUUACAAUGAUAAUAAUUGUUAUAUAUAUAUAUAUCAUUAUAUAUAUAUCAUUUAGAUUAAUCAUUA